AUGAUCCUGUUGACAAUCCCUCUCUUGAGCCUCUUCUGGGCUACGAGUGGGGCCUACACCUUCCCAAGGAGUGAAUGCUUUGUUCCCCUAGAAAAGCAAGACUUGGUGGAAGACCUCCAAGAUAUCAUGGAGAAUUCUGUGACUCCAUCAUCCUUUCCCAAUCCCAGUAUCCUGAUUGCCAUGAACCUGGUUGGAGUCCACAAUGCAGAGGCCCAGAAGCUCCUUACCAAUAUGAUCUUGUCCACUGACCCAGCAGAUCUUACCAUUGGCCAGCUGGCCCUCAACAUCAUGGCUCUCACUUCAUCCUGCCAAAAUCCUGGAAACAGAGUCUUGCUUCUGAAAAAGAAAAUGGAGAAUUGGUCAUCUUCAAGUAUACAAGACCCACAUUCAGUCUUCUAUGGACCCAGCCUGGGACUCUUGGCUCUGUGCCAGGAGAAUCAAGAGGGGACCUUGGAACUAGCUGUCAGAUUUUCCAAGAUGUUGCUAGCCAAUGUUUCACCCUUCAACAUGGAUACUGGAGCCAUGGCAACUUUGGCCUUGACUUGUAUUAGCAAUAAGAUUCCUGAAGACCUGGAGGAUGAAUACAAUCAGUUAUUUGGUCAAGUAUUAACAAAUAUUGUGAAGAACAUCAGUGGCAGAAUUGAAGAUAAUGGCCUCAUUGGGGGAUCCUACAGCACAGGCUUAGCCAUGCAG